AUGUAUUCAGGCGGAGAUGAUGUAUCAUCAAUAGUACUCGAUGUUGGAACAUCCACAGUGAAGGGUGGUUACGCAGGAGAGGAUUCACCAAAGGCCAUCUUCCCAACUGAUAUAGGUGUCGUCUUUACUGCAGGCACAGACGAGAGCACCGUAGGAGUCAAUCAGCAGGCUAUCGGUGAGAGUGAGGAGCCCGACCCUGCUGCCAAGCGCACAUACUAUGUUGGUACCAAUGCCGUCACCUAUAAACGACCACAUAUGCACAUUCAAAGCCCUUUGCAAGAUGGACUGAUUAAAGAUUGGGAUGCAAUGGAGCACAUAUGGAAUCAUGCAUUCCGUUACAGACUAAACACCAAUCCCAAUGAACAUCCGAUUCUGCUAGCAGAGCCAUCGUUCAAUACAAAGCAGAUCAGAGAGAAGAUGUCAGAGAUUAUGUUUGAGAAGUAUCACACGCCUGCACUGUUCCUUUCAAAGAACGCUGUGCUCACUGCCUUUGCCAGUUGCAAGGCGUCGGCACUGGUGAUGGACUCGGGUGGUGGCAUGACCUCGGUGGUGCCCGUGCACGACGGCUACGUGAUAAAGAACGCCAUUACCAAGUCUAAUCUGGCUGGCAACAGGCUGACCGAUGAGUACUACAGAAUACUGAGCCAGAAGAACAUCCGAAUCAACCCUCACAACCUUAUCAAAAAGGUCGAGGUCAAGCAGGGAGAGUACAGUGUCACCAAUAUCGAUAUCCCAGACCUGACAGAGUCCUACAAGAAGUACGUCUCUAUGGAGAUUGUACGUGAUCUCAAGGAGACCUCAUUCCGUGUGUCCAAUGGACAAGUUGGAGAAGACUUGCACAUUGCUACAGUACCUUAUGAAUUACCUGAUGGUAACCUCUUGGAAGUUGGAUCAGACAGAUUCCAAGUACCAGAGAAUAUGUUCAAUCCGACACCAUUGAAUGAACAACAGGAAGGAUCAAACCAUCGUUAUGUACCUCUGCCAAAGAUGAUCUAUGAGAGUGUGGAGAAGUGUGAUACAGACAUCAGAAGAGAGUUGAUUGCCAACUUGAUUAUAUCUGGAGGUAAUUCACUGUUCCAAGGAUUCUCGGACAGACUGUACAUGGAGCUUGGUGAUCUAUCAGCCUCAUUUGGAAAGGUCAAGUUUGUGGUGCCCAAUGUCAACGAGAGGAAGUAUGGCGUAUGGAUCGGUGGAUCGAUUCUUGGCUCGCUUGGAACCUUCCAACAGAUGUGGAUGAGCAAGUCAGAGUGGGAGGAGUACGGAAGACCUCUUGUCGAGAAGAAAUGUCCAUAA